AUGCCCCACACGCCACGUCAUACUCCACACACCAUGCCCCACCCCCACACGCCACGCCAUACUCCACACGCCAUGCCCCAACCCCCACACGCCAUGCCCCACCCCCACACGCCAUGCCCCACCCCCACACGCCACGCCAUACUCCACACGCCAUGCCCCACCCCCACACGCCACGCCAUACUCCACACGCCAUGCCCCACCCCCCACACGCCACGCCAUACUCCACACGUCAUGCCCCACCCCCAACACGCCACAGUCCACACGCCAUGCCCCACCCCCACACGCCACGCCAUACUCCACACGUCAUGCCCCACCCCCCACACGCCACGCCAUACUCCACACGUCAUGCCCCACCCCCCACACGCCACGCCAUACUCCACACGUCAUGCCCCACCCCCCACACGCCACGCCAUACUCCACACGUCAUGCCCCACCCCCCACACGCCACGCCAUACUCCACACGUCAUGCCCCACCCCCACACGCCACGCCAUACUCCACACGUCAUGCCCCACCCCCACACGCCAUGCCCCACCCCCACACGCCAUGCCCCACACGCCACGCCGUACUCCACACGCCAUGCCCCACCCCCACACGCCACGCCAUACUCCACACGUCAUGCCCACCCUCCACACGCCACGCCAUACUCCACACGUCAUGCCCCACCCCCACACGCCACGCCAUACUCCACACGCCAUGCCCUCCCCCCACACGCCAUGCCCUCCCCCCCACACGCCACGCCAUACUCCACACGUCAUACCUCACACGCCACGCCCCCCACACGCCACGCACCCACGCCAUACUCCACGCCACACACCACGCGUCAUGCCACACACCUCACACGCCACGGCCCCACACCAUACUCUACGCCACACGCCACGCUGCCUCCCCCUGCUACUCACAACAACAAAGAGGAGGAAGUGACAUCUCAUAUCUGA